AUGUCAUUUCCUAAAGAAUUGACCCCAAAAUUGAUUGCAAAUGUUGCAAUCAUUUGCAUUGGAUCCCUUCAGUUUGGAUACCACAUGGCUGAGUUGAAUUCUCCAGAAUCUGUUAUCUCAUGUAGAAUCCUGAAACCCAAUCCUUUAGUCCCUUAUGCGGAAUCCUGGUUCGGGUCUCACGGUUUUGAAAUGUGCAUUUCUAUGACUGCCGAGCAGGUGGGAACAAUUACUUCAAUAUUCAGUUUAGGGGGUCUUUUAGGCUCCUUUUUUGUAGGUUCAAUUGCUGAUAAAAUAGGUCGCAAGCGUACUGGAUUAUUGCAUUGCGGUAUAUAUCUCGUUGGUUCCACUUUAAAUGGGAUUGCGAAUACUUACACUGCGAUUUUGGUCGGUAGGUUUGUUGCAGGUCUUGGUGCAGGUGCGGCAUUGGCUAUAGGCCCAGUUUUCAUAAACGAAAUAGCUCCAGCCAAAGUUAAGGGGUUUCUUGGUUCCAUGAAUCAAGUUUCGGUCAACAUUGGGAUUUUGAUUACCCAAUUUUUGGCUUUGAUUUGGUGUGAUAAUAAUAAUUGGAGAUUGCUUUUACUCACUGGUUCUGUUUUGGCAAUUUUCAACUUCGUAGCCAUAUUCUUUUAUGUGGAUGAAAGUCCAAUGUGGCUCUACAACAAUGGGUUUACUAGUAAAGCAUAUCAAGUUUUGCAUGAUAUCAGAGGUGGAGAGUAUGUUCAGGCAAGAGAAGAGGUAAACCUGUGGAAACUGCAUGUAUCUGGAACGAGUAGUAACGAGUCUGAUGAUUUAUUGCAAGAAGAGGGUGCUGCUGCACCCGCUGUUGCUUAUAGUUCUCAGCCAUCUAUUACUCUUUCUACCUACUUAUCUUCACCAGAAUAUUUCAAUUCUAGACUUGUUUCCACUGGAAUACUUAUUGCUCAACAAUUCUGUGGUAUAAAUUCAAUUAUAUUCUAUGGUGUGUCAGUUUUGAUUUCGGUAUUCCCUGACUAUGCAAUUUUGAUCAAUUGCUUGAUUUCUAUUGUUAAUGUGGUAGUAACAUUUGGUAGUGCUCCUUUAAUUGACAAACUUGGAAGAAAGCCUCUACUUCUUGGUUCAGUCACAGUCAUGGGAAUCCUGUCAAGUAUAAUGGGUUUUGGUAUUAUAUCAUCCAGUGCGAUUUUAUCAAUUGUUGGAACAUUUACUUACAUCACUGCUUUCGCUACUGGUUUGGGACCAAUUCCAUUCCUUUUGGUUAGUGAAGUUACACAACCAAAAGUUAAAGCAGUAGCACAAAGCUGGGGAACUGCUUGCAAUUGGUUUGCUACUGGACUAGUUGGUUUGUUAUUCCCAAUUUUGAAGAAUUCAUGGAUCGGUGGUGGAGUAUAUUUCAUUUUCACUGCAUUUUGUGCCCUAACUUAUUUAUUCAUAAAGAGAUAUAUUCCAGAAACUAAAGGAUUAAGUACCUAUGAAGAAGUUUGGGGACAGAGAAUAGAUUAG